AUGAGGCCUGUUGACACGCUGACAAUCUCAGAAAUUGCAGAGCAACCCGUCGGAUAUGAUCAGAGACAUUCUCCCCUAAGAACAACACUUGACGAAUUACUGGUGAAACUAACACAAUCUGAAACCAGAACACAAAGCACCAGCGACAAACAAUGCACAAUUUCAAACAUAACAACUUCAUUUGUGACAUGUAUGCAAGUCACUGUCAGUAGAUGGCCAACACUUCCUAAAGAGCAAAUAACCAUCAGAAGGCUAGAGGCUACCAGAGACAAUAGCAACAAACUUGGAACAUAUAAUCAGCCACUUCUCAUAGCAGAAGUUCCACCAGAAAAUGAAGAACCACAGACCAAAGUGAAGCACUCCAAGUCAAAAGAAAUUUCCAGAGCUUAA